UAACCACCACAGCCCUGCAAGAGCCCGUUACCCACACCAGCCCACCGUUGGCUUUCCUCCUCCUCCUCCUCGUCCUCCUGCUUUCCUGGUUCGGCUCGCACGGUCACACUCACUCCUACGCUUCCACCCGGCCAAGCUUUCAUCUUUGUUCCCGACAGCAGGACUGCCCCAGAAUGACGGUUGUGAAGCGAUAUGUGCUACGGCUGUUCAUAUCAUUGAAGUACAUUACAGCAAACGUAGUGGACAGAAAUAAUGGCCGAAUUGUUGUGUCAGCAUCUACGGUUGAACAUUCAAUCAAGGGCUCACUCGAAUGUGGAAGGUCUUGCAAUGCAAAGGCAGCGGCAGUUGUUGGAGAGGUGUUGGCUAGGCGACUCAAGGUGGAAGGUCUUGGCGAGGGACAGGGACGAGGGAUUCAUGUCAAUGUAAAUAACGAAGUUGAGAAAAAGGGUUUUAAGAACCGCACCAAGAUUUGGGCUAUUGUCAAUGCUCUUAAGGACAAUGGAGUCAAACUCAUUCUUGACGGUAGUGAUGAAAAUACUUCUCAGCCAAUGACAGAAAGGAAGGAUUUGCGCUGAUUGUAGAAUCCGCGAAUACAGGAGUAUGUAUCUUUGUUUUGUACAAUGAACCACUUUCUUCUUUCGAACUCUUCUACUUCUUAUGUUUCCCCUAUCGAAGUUGCUAGAGCGGUGGAGAGGUAUGCUAAGGAAUUCCAAGUUGCCUCCACCAAAGUUAUCUCAUACCAGACACGGGUAUCCCUCGCCAUACAAAUCAAGUUGAGGGUUUUAAGUCAGAUUGAUGUCUCUGGUGAGAAUCCGGUGUUGGCCGAGAGAGUGUCCUCUGAUCGGAACCACGAGUCCCCUCCUCUCCCUGUUCAACUUCAAUUCCGAGAGAGUCUCUCUUCGUUCUCCACGGCAGCGCGGGGUGGGAAUGUUCGAGAUAAAAGUUCGUGGGUCGCCCUGCCAUCUGGUAUAGUGAAAAUUAACUUUGAUUGUAGCUGAAUGUCGACGUCUAGCAAGGCUGGCAUUGGUGCAAUUGCCAGAGACACCCAUGCAGUUGUGAUCGCAGGCAGAACUUCAUGUUGUCGUGUCUCCUCCCCUCUUGAAGCUGAAGCUCGAGCAGCGGUUAUGGCUGUCUCCCUUGCUAUUGAAAAUCAGUCUUUUGAUAUUAUUUGCGAGUCUGACUCCCAAGUUCUCAUCAUUUAAUCCGUCCUUGCCUCUCCUCAUCGAUUGACAGGAUUACCAAGCUAGCUAGAGGUCUCCAUUCCAUUUUAUGGAACUGGGUCCCGAGAGAAGUGACGGAGAACCGAGUUGGUGUUAUUUUCAAUGCGGGAGAGUUGAAAGAAGGAAGUGACAUUUAAUUAAGAAAAAUGAUUGGAGAAAUAGUAAUUUAGGUGUUAAAAUAUUAUUUGCCCAUACCCUGAAAACGAAUGCUUUGGAAUUUUCAAGUUAGCAUGUCGGUUUUGGGCCUGUAACAUAUAAGAUUCAAGAAAACGACGAGGCCUACAAGACUCAUUGAUUUUCAACGAGCCCAGUCGAAGUUUGGGUUAAUUAUGUCGUUUAACGUGUUUAAUUCGGGUUUUAAUAUUUUAGAAUCUUUUUUAUAUUUUGCUAUUUGUUUAAUUUAUUUCCUAUUUGGAGUUGGGGUUUGUUAAAGACUAUUUAAACAACAUUUAGGGUUGUAAGUUAUCAUCUUUCAUUGAAUAAGAAUUCAAAAAACAAGUUUCUCUCACAA